GAGAGGUAGCUUAUGUAUAUGUAACACUCAGCAUUUCUCAACUGGAUCAGGUCGUGCCUGUGUCAGUAGCUAGGUACAUGUAGAUUGGAAAUGUUAAAACGGUGUUUGUCAGGUCACAGGGUCAGUUUGUGACUACAGGGGGGUUAAAGUUAGAAUCAUCAACAAAACAGCAUCAAGAUGGCGGACGACAUGCCCAACAAGUAUAGCUAUGAUGCUCAGACGACUUCACCAACAGCAGAGAGUCAGGCUAUCGGGCCAGACGUGUCCUACAUCAAAACUCUUCCUGGGAUUUUGAAGAUAGCCGAAAUUGUGCUGAGUAUUAUUGCCUUCAUCUGCGCGACGGUGUACCCAUGGGCAUACGGGGGUGGUGGCUGGGUACAGUUUGUCACCAUAUCAACAUUUGUUGGUGUCCUUGUCCUCUUCAUCUUUCACUUCAUGCACAUCAUCAGCAGGCUACCAGGGCCCUGGAUGUUGAUUGAGUUCAUUUAUUACUGCGUGUAUACACUUUUCAUGUUGAUCGCAGCAAUUGUUGCAGCUGCAAAUGGAUGGCGGGACGCGUCUAUCGGUGCAGCUGCGUUUUUCUGUUUUGCUGCUCUGGCAGUUCUGGCAGUGGACACCUUCAUGAUGUUCCGUACAUGGCAGGCAGGCAGACAAUCAAGCGGACAGUCAGCUAACACUGCAACCAUAACCACCACCACCACCACCAGAGAACAAUAUUAAACCACAUCUUCAUAUACACAGGGAACUAUUCCAUGGUAGAUGUUUAAAAUGGUGAUGACUUGUCCAUCUGUGGGGUCUGUCCGAUGUUCAAGGCUACUAACUGUGUCAGAUCUGCAAACUGAGAAGAGGGGUUUCAUGGGUAGUUGCUACAGAAUAAAGAAUAGUUGGCUUCAUUUGUACUGACAUAGUCUACCAGCAUCUUGGUACACAAGAGUGUAGCAAGCCACCCAUUAUAUAAAUACAGGCUGGAUGGCAGUUGAAAGGAAAAGAUUGGGUUGUUUUUGUUUGAAGUAGUCUCUAAUUAAGAACCUGAAAUGCACAGUUGAUACACAUAUUGGAAGACAUGAUGAGUAAAACGGAAAUGAGGUGCAGAUUCGCUUUUUCUUGAUAUUUUAAGUUGCAGUUGUGAAGUAAAAAGUUUUAGUGAACUGUGGAAUUUGUCAGUUUUAGUGUUUUGUUGACAGGGAGUUCUGAUCUCGCGCUGUGUAAGCAUGCUACUAUGAAAGCUGUAUUUUUUUGUGGUUUGCGGGUGUGGGUGGGAGUCGGGAAUUUUCUAACAAAAGAAGUUUUGUUUAUUAUCAUUUUAGGAUGAAAUGUUAUUAGCUCAUUUACAUGUCGGUUAUGUACCUCAUACUUUUGUAAGUAUGUGACUUAUUUAUUGGUUGCUUGUGUGUUUGUUUUACACCUGAGCAACAUUAAAGAUGCACAUAUACAAGUUUAUGUUAAUAACUAUGGGAAUUUAUAGCUUGUAGAUUAGGCCUGAUGGUUUAGUUAUGAUUGACAUUCAAACUUUAAUCAUACUUAAUGGUUAGACUCCAGGAUUUUAGUGGGAAAAUAAUUCAUUUACAUAUUCAAAGUGAGUGAAAAAAGAAAGAAAAAAUUGAACAAAAAAUAAUAACUAUGUAUAUACAUGUAAUAAGCAUGAUUUAUUAUAUGGAAAUCAUAGCUGAACAAUAUGAAAUGGUGGUGCACUGUUGUAGGGCCAUAAACAUCUACAGCACAAGAUUAUUCCUAUAUUUGUGGUGGAGUGUGAUUUAAAUGUUGAGCUUUUUGUUUUAUCUGAGGUCUAUUUUAGAGGUCUUAACCACCCAUUUCCAGCGACUUCAUUCACUAUUGAUGUGUUGGGAAGAUCUGAUGUCCAAGUUUGUUUUCUUGCAUGUCAGUAUCAUUUGUUUUUUAAGUUAUCUUCUGACCUUAGGCUCUGCUAUUUUAGCCAUUUUCACUCUUCUCUUUUCAAGAUCUGAAGGCCAGUACAUACAGUAUAUAAAUACACGUAUUUGGGUCUAUGUGAUGAUACAUGUAAAUAUAUGUGUAUGAAGCUAUUGUGGCAUGCUGUACCUGUCUUUGUCCAACUGUCAUACUAACAUAAGAUAUAUAGGCAGCAGAGUUUUGCUGUUAAAGAAAUCUUGUUACGUGUGAUUAUUUUGAUUUUGCCACUGUUUUAACACCUUUAAAUAGCUUAGUCUCCAUGUAUUUUUUUUGUUUGUUGAUCAUUAUCCAGUUGACAUUUUAAAUUGUUGUAUGUACUACUAACAGUUCUGUUGCAAUAUUAUAAUGAUAGUUCAGUAGCAAGGUUUAUUAAUUAAAUGAAUAUUUUGAAGAAGAGCAAAAAAGGCCUCAAAUUUUGAUUGAUAGGCUCUGUGUGGUAGGCCUACGCUUCAUCUGUACUGCUCUUAAUCUUUGAUGGACUUCAUCUGAAGUGCACUUAAUCUGUGAUGGACUUCAUCUGUAGUGCACUUAAUCUGUGAUGGACAUCAUCUGUAGUGCACUUCAUCUGUGAUGGACAUCAUCUGUAGUGCACUUAAUCUGUGAUGAACAUCAUCUGAAGUGCACUUAAUCUGUGAUGGACGUCAUCUGUAGUGCACUUAAUCUGUGAUGAACGUCAUCUGUAGUGCACUUCAUCUGUGAUGGACAUCAUCUGUAGUGCACUUCAUCUGUGAUGGACAUCAUCUGUAGUGCACUUAAUCUGUGAUGGACAUCAUCUGUAGUGCACUUCAUCUGUGAUGGACAUCAUAUGUAGCGCACUUAAUCUGUGAUGAACAUCAUCUGUAGUGCACUUAAUCUGUGAUGGCCUUCAUCUGUUGUGCACUUAAUCUGUGAUGGACUUCAUCUGUAGUGCACUUAAUCUGUGAUGGGCUUCAUCUGUAGUGCACUUAAUCUGUGAUGGACUUCAUCUGUAGUGCAGUUGAAUUGUGGGCUACUUUAAGCUAUAUCUACAAAACUGGUAACAGAAUAUGUAACAUUGUAAGAAAAUAAUGCAGAAGCCAGCUUCUUGUACCUGUGAGCCAAUGUCAGAAUCCCUCCUCUUCAAAGUUGUCAUGAUUAUUGAGGAUUCGUCAUUUACUUCUGAACAAUGUAAUCAAGGUGUUUUAGUAUUUUAUACACUUUUUUUUAGCAUUUAACGCUUCUUUAACCAAGCAGGUAGAAUAUUGUUUUUCAUUUAAACUGUGUCAACCUUAAUAAGCUGUUUCAUAAUUUUAUCUGUUAGAAAGACAACUGGAUUUACUUUGCACUCAUCCAAUUACACUGUGUAAGAAAUAUUAAUUGUGGGUUCUUGGUCGAUCUUAUUGCGUAAAUCUGAUAGUUUGUUCUUGAACUGAUAAUUCAUGCAUUUGAUAUCUUUUUUCAUAUUUUCUGAGAGUGGAUGGUUAUCUUGCUUGGAGAUGCAAAAUCAACAGGUUUUUUCGUGUCAUAAAAGCAUGACGUAUGGAUUUUAAGCGUUAAACUUUUCUUUUAGACGUCGAUAUUGUUCUUGCUAGGGUGAAGAGUGUGUUUAAACAUUGGCGACAACUUGACAUUUUCGUGUCGUCACACUGAAGGUAUCUGGACAGGACUGUGGGGAAGGGGGGGGGUUACUCUGCUGAUACCAUUCGUCCAUUCUUGCAAGGUGCCUGAUUUUACCUUUUGUCGUUUGUGGUGCAUAUAGACCUCCUAGUGCAACUGCCGAGCUGAUUGUCCUCAAGUAUUAGACCCUCUAUAGCUUUGUAGUGAUACCUACUUAUUAUAGAGCUGUAUUCUUGUAAAAGCGUGUCAGUAGGUCGUAUUUUGUACUCGACAUUAAAAUUAAUAGGGAAUCUCUGUAAAUAGAACCCCCGCGUAUUUUAGCAAUUGUAUUAUUAUGAUAAUUGUUAACUGUAGGCUGUAAUCUUGAAUUAGACUUUUGCAAAAACCGCCAACUGUAGCGUACAUGUUUUGUCCAGUGAUCGUAAAUAUGGAUAAUCGUUUGUAGAAAUAAUCGCUGAUACUCCUGUUAGUGAUUAUAGAGAUGAUGGUGGUGUUUUAUGUUGUGAAAUAUGUCCAGUCAUCACUGAAUCAGCUGAUAGUUGAACACAGUCAGUGGUACCAUGUUAACUUGUAUUAUGCACCAAGGCAGCCAAUUGGGUGUUCUACCCCGGUGGACUGAUAGUCGUGUUAAACCCACGGCUGGUCGGCCCAUUCACAUCGUCCGCGUCCGCCGGGGGCAGGGUCACAACAGUGACAGGUGUAUCGGCUGGUGUAAAGGCUUACACAUGUACCUCACAUGGCUGUGUUCCUAUAUGUGGUGCCGAAAAGAACAAACUAGUUAUUGGUCUCAAGUUUUGAUAAUUUUUCCUUGUCCACGGUAAAACCUGUACCAUACAGUGCCUGCAUUGGUGUGAACCGACUUGUGAAGUUAAUAAACUCUAUAGGGCCAGCAGCCACAGGAACAGCAGGAGUUCAUUUUCCCAUUACCUAUAUUUUGGGAGUGAAAGUGAAGGGACUUCCGUACAGAAAUUUAACAACUACAGUUGUGAUCUAUAAAUGCAGAACCAAAUUUUCACCAUCUCCGACAUCGUUAAGGUUAUAUAACUACGAAGGAAGUGUGGACAUGCAUUGUUCUGCAGUUGUCUUCAAACUUCUAGAACUGACAUGUAGGUGACCCCAAAUCCGUCGGAUAUGGUGCAAAUCUCGCUCUCAGUCAUGACUUCGUUUUACAGGAAUUUCAAGCGGAUGAUGGCGAAAAGCGUUUUGACCCUUGCUGUUCAGUUUUGCCCUACAUGAUUUUCCCAGAUGUAUGUCUGCUCGCUCUGUGUCAUAAUCUCAGUGCAUGAGCAAUUUACCGUAAAGGUAAUGAAGGAAAGAGUAUUUACCAGCUUAACCCAUACAUAUGCAAAUUACGUUUAUAAUAAAACGACUAUACAAUUCACUUGUGAACUAAAAGCGAGUAAUAACAUAAUGUCUUUGUUCCACAACUGGUCAAAUGAGUAUCAAAAUUUUUUAAAAAUCUUGUUAUAAAUCAGGAAUAUUGGCCCUAUAAAUGUUGAUAUAUGUAUAAAUUUGUUACAUGUACGGGGAAUGUGCUGUUCAUCACGUGAUCUUGUGAAUAAAAUAUAUGUUGGUGGACU